AUGGCAAUGAUUUCGACUAGCAGUAGUCUGACCCCGUCGUUGGUUGUUUCAUCCACGAUUCCCGCGGCAGCUACUGUAUCUUCGCUGCCGCUCACGGUCGUCAUUGAGCCCGAGAUUGGGGGCACGCUGGACUUCUUCCCCUUUCGCGACCUGGCCGCGAUCGGGAAGUCGGACGAUGAUGCCUUCAGCUUCAGGAACAUGAUUCAAGCAAGCAUUGACGGGGACCAGAGCAUCUUGCUCUUCAGCACCGGCUGCGACAUUGACGGCGUCAAGGACUGCACUCGGGCCUGCAACCGUACCGACACCUUCUUUGGUUCUCUUGAGACGUUUUAUAAUUGCAUCGCACUGGCUUCCAUUUCCCACUGGACUCAUGACACUCAGAGCUACUACAUCACUCCCGAGGCGGAGCAGAAUGCGAGCAGCAUCAUGGGCUCGGGCAGCCUCGCCGACUUCGACUACAAGCCGACUCUGGAUUCGUUCAUCACAUGCGCCCAGGCGGCAUGCGGGACUGACUUGCUGAGCGUGUCAUGCAAUUCCUCGAUCAAAGCUCUGACCAGAAACCAUUCCACCGCCGACCAAGUAUUCGAGGCAAUGGAUACAUUUUGCCCAGAUAUUCCUGCGAAUAUCGAUCCUGACAUCUUUGGGCCUGGAGUACUGAUCUCGUAUGUGCUCCAAGUUUGCUUCUCGGGGUCGCUGUACCUCGCUGUCCAGGGCUUCACCCUCUGGGCACGCCAUACCGAGAAGAAGCGGAAGCCCUUCAGCCUCACCCGUGCGCAGUCGCUGAUCUGGAGAGACACUUCUCCCCUGUCGCGGACCAGCGUGGCCAUGGCGACGACCCUGGUCGAGUUCCAGGAAGCCCAGUGCUGGUUCGUCUUCGCCCUGCAGAUCGCCUCGAUCCUGGCCAUCGUCAUCAACUCUCAGGAAGGCACGUUCUGGGGCGAGAUCAUCGUCAAUGGCGCCGUUGCCUUCCACGUCAGCCUCAACGGCGUCCUCCCCAUGUUCCUCGUCCAAGUCUGCCUGCACAACGAAGGCAUCCGCAACUGGCAUACUUUUUUAGGGUUUUGCGCAGAGUAUCUGUUGGCCAUUGUCGCAUCGACGCAGAAGAUUAGCUUUGGGUCGACCUUUGAUCUGUUCAAGCAGCAGCACAGCAUCCCCGAUUGCGGCAACAACCCAAGCCCGCGGACAUAUUGCGCCGCCACGCAUGGCGUCUCGGGCCUGCACCUGACCUUUUUCCCUCAUCCACUGCUCUACAAGGUGGUGUUUCUGGCACUGGACAGCGUUGCCUUCAUAGCGCUGGUGGUUGAUCAGCUCAGCUGGACGCUGCGGAAACAUCACUUGACACGGCACUUGAGGUUCGGUCGCUGGACGCCCGGCCGAUGGCCCGAGAAUAGCUAUCAGCGGCACUGGAAGCAAUUUACCGUCUACUUCUGGAGGGGCCUCGAGGUGUCCUAUUUCGUGAUUAACAUUUUAUACAUGGUCUCGCUGGUCACAGUCAUCAACGCGAAGAGCUUCGAGGCCAACAAGUGGUCGUAUGGGCAGAUUAUUGCCAUUACCUGUUGGGGUCCCGUCAUUGUUAAACUGAUAGACCUCAUCAUAUCCGGACCUCCCAAGAAUGGCGAGCGGUUGAAUUCUGGCCCGCCGCGCCUGCGUAUCGACAAUAUCAUUAACAACAGACUGAUAUCGGAAUACGACGACGAAGAGACGCUUCGACCUGAGGAGACGCUCAGGCCGGACCUAAAGACUGCGGGAACAGCCUACUCGCGACCAGAGACGCUGUUUUACGAACCUAGGGAACGACUUGUCCCAGGUUCAAGAGAGUGA